GGUCAGAAAUAUCGAUAUUCGGUUUUUAUUACAGAUGGUCGAGCAGUGGAUAGUAGGGUGAGGCAUACGGACGGAACCAUCUUUCCGAUGAGCUUGCACAGCCACGACUUACCAGUAUGAAGGGAUUCAGACCCAACCCGUUGAAUCAAGCGGGUCUCGCCCAUUUUGGCCAUAGCUCUGGCAUUGUCUGAAUGAUUUUCACUCACAACGUUGUGUAAAUUCCAUCCAAACUAAUCCGAUUAUUAGAACACAAUUCUCAUAGUUAUCAAGGUUUCACUUGCCGAAGAAGAACUGUCUAAUAAUGUCAAGCUUGGAUAGCUUGGAUAAAAGGAGUGAUUGGGUACCAUAACGCGUUUUCCCCAAUCUACGAUAAUUUUCACUUCUUUUUACAGCAAUUUAAGUUAUUGAAACGCACUUGGGCCCAGCACAUAAACGUUCGAAUUCAAAGCGAACCUUACAAGUAACCUGACAAUCCAAAUCAUGAGCUGUACUUCAGAAAUCAAGCAUUAUGAGAUUCCAGAUGGCAUUCCUACAAACGAAGACUUCGUCAUUCAAGCUCGCUCAGUUGACCCGAGAAGUCCGUUUCACGAAUGGACAACACUGCGAGCCAUUCAUGUUGAAGUGGCCGAAGUCAAUACCACUUGCAAUACCUUUGAUAAACAUCCCAUUUCUAUAGUCUCGCUUGAUUUCCGUGGAGCGAUCGAGAUCAAAGCUCGGUAUGUGGUGGAGACAGUGGCAAUUGCCUCCAUCCGGCCGCGAUCACUUGGCAUUCCAACCACUAUUGAUGAGGCAAACACGAUCACUUUCAUAUUGGACCAGCCCUUCGACGUGAUGCUCGAGAUAAAUAAUGACAAAUGGAAGGCAUUGCACAUUCUGACAAAUGAAAUCGACCUGGAAGCGCCAACAUGCGAUAUGGAGAACGUCUGGUAUUUUGGAUCAGGGAUUAAUAAUGGGCUUGCAUACUCAAAAGUUGUUGAUGGCAAUCUGAUGGUACCCUCCGAUACCAACGUUUAUCUUGCUGGAGGGGCAUUCCUUACGGCUAAGCUUAAUUUCAUCGAUGUUUCCAAUGCUGGAGUUAGUGGGCAUGGAUUUAUCUACCAGGGACCAAACGGCGGCGCGAUUCUCAUGGAGAGGACAAGAAACAUCAAAGUACACAAGGUGACGUCAUUGGCGGCAACCGGCUUCAGCCUUACUACUGGAAACGCUCAAGGUGUUCAUAUCGAUGGAUACCGAUCAUUCUCUUCCUACGGCAAUGGCGAUGGCGUUGACUUCUUUUGCUCCAAAGAUAUACUUGUCGAGAACUGCUUCCUAAGGAACUCAGAUGACACAAUCGCAAUAUAUGGUCAUCGCUGGGAUUAUGCCGGUGAUACAUCCAACAUUACUAUUAGGAACUGCACCCUUCUUCCAGAUAUUGCUCAUCCGAUCAACAUGGGGACACAUGGAAAUCCUGCAAAGCCAGAAACCAUGAGCAACAUCAAAAUUAGCAAUAUAGAUAUUCUGGACCAUUACGAAAACCAAAUUUGGUACCAAGGUUGCAUUGGUAUCAAUGCGGCUGAUGAGAAUCUCAUCGAAAAUGUGCUUAUAGAAGACAUCAGGAUUGAGAAGAUAUCCAAGGGCCAGCUGUUAAAUCUCCGAGUGAUGCAGAACACCAUGUGGACAAGUGCACCGGGUCGCGGAAUCCGCAAUGUUACUUUCAGGAACCUUGAGUUGAGAACUGGGAAGAACGAAAUUGUAUAUCCCUCUCAAAUACUUGGCUAUAAUGGAACCAGAAAUAUUGAGAACAUAACGUUUGAAAACCUCAAAAUUGGUGGCCAGUACAUUCACAAUGCCAUGCAGAAACCCAGAUGGUAUAUGUUGUCUGAUUUCGUUCCUAUGUUCAUCAACGAGCAUGUAGCAGACGUAAAAUUCUGCUUGACAAAGUAAACAUGAAUACCAAAACCUUCAAGCCUCCUGAAUCUUCAGAAUCAAUGAUGAGAAAUUGAGUGAUUGUGAGUCCAGUAAGAUCAUAAUCCUAUUGGCUCAAGGUCAAAAUUAGACGAUAAGGAUGAAUCGUAGGACAUGGAAAGAUUACAAACACGACAUUUCAGAACCAACUGAAUUCAUUUUGGAAUAAGCUAGCUUACCAACCAAUAAUCUUUUUAUUACCAGAUCAAUUAUAUUUCAAAUUGAGCCCCGAUGACUGUGAGAUCGUCCUGCAGUUGUCCAAUGACUGAUUAAUAGCACUAGAAUAAUAAAAGAAACAUCAUCUCCGAUACUUUCA